AUGGAAGAUCGACAUAUUGGGAGUGUGAUUGCUGUCGAUUGCGGCGUCGGCUGCUAUUAUCAGGGCAAAUUGACCGCUGUUGAUGCCAACACCAAAAAUAUCACUUUAGCAAAUGUGUUUAAAGAAGGCGUCCCGCUAGGAAAAUGUGUAACAAUAAAUUCAUCGGAGAUAAACAAUUUGAAAGUGCUCAAACCACCGGGACCACCCAAACAAGGCCCGUCUUUCAAAUCGCCGAAACAGCCGACGGCGAUGGUUUCGCCGAUGAAGGCUUCUGAAGACCCGAAAAAGAAAAUGGAUGCGUUGAUGGCGAAAUUGGGCAAGAAGAAGGUGCCGAAGAUGGAAAUUGACGCAAAACCGGUUGCUCUAGCGGAAACUCCAACGUAUCGUAGUUUCGAGAAACAGGUGCCGCAUCCGACGACGCUUUCGGGUCUCGCCAAGAAAUCCAAGGGAUGCAACAAGAAGCAAGGUCCAUCUGGAAUUCCGCUUCUUGAUGCGCUCAAUUGCUAUGAGGGUCAACGACGUCGGAAAGGGAAUCUUGAGGAGCCGAUUGACUUUGAUCUUAACACGGAUUUCGAUUUUGACGAGAAUCUCAAAUUGUUCGCUAAACAGGACCAGGACGACGAGUACUAUGAGAAGGUGGAAAAACUGAAAAUCUCACGAAAUUUUGCCCAUUAUGAAAAUAUUGUUGAUGAUGAGAAGCGCGUGAUCUCGUGGACGAACUUUCGCUCGAAAAAUGGAAGUGGAAUAUCGGAGCAGACGGAUGAUGACAAUCGAAAACCGUCGAUUUCGCUGACUUCGAUAAAUUUCGAAAAAUCGCAUGACGGACAACCGGUGCCGGCGAUCAGCAACCCGCAAAAACAAGAAUUUAUGAAGGCUUGCGCUCAGCACAUGGGCGAGAGCGUUUUCGAGGCUGUGAUGGCGGAUCGUGUGUUCUCAUGGAUCAGCGACAUUCAGGAACGCUUUGGCGAUGAGCGUGGAUCGAUCGUCGUUUUGACGUCAGCUCGCAAUUCGCUCAAAUUUGUUCGUCGUGUUCUCACUCAUCUUGACAAACGAGCCUUCAACUGCCAUUUGUACGGAAAAUAUCCGGGCGAAGUUUUCGAGAAUGUAAACGUUGUUGAUUCGGCGGCGGAAUUGCCGAAAACUCCGAUUAUUUGCAUUUUGUCAAACGAGAUUAAUGAGGAAGUCGAGAAAUGGAUUGGUCAGCAAUCGGGCGCCCAUUUCAUUGUUAUCGAAAAUGUGCCGACGAUGCUGGAGCCUUCGAAAGUGCACCUUCUGAUGUUCGGAUGCGCGACGUCCAAUUUGCGACAUGUGCCGAAAAAGCUUCAAGUUGGACGGACAUGCUUCGAGCAGCUUGCUGAAGCCACCUCGUCGACGAUUGCAGUUGAUAGUGCUGUUGCUGAUGUCGGAUGUCCUUCAAACUGACAUGUGAUGUCCUCUUCCGAAAAUGUUGGACAACCUGAAAAAGUGUUAUCGAUUUUUGAACCGGAGUUUAACAAUGUGACAAGCACGAGCACAUAUUCAGUGCUCGGAGCCCUUCUUCUUUCUGGCAAACCGAUGACCGAAUGGUGGGAAAUCUCGCUGAGCAUUUUCCUUUGGAUGGCACUUUCUUAUACGGUCAUUAGCAUCGGCGCUUCGAUAAUCUCGUUGGUCACCCUUCGAAAGCAUCCAUAUGUCUGUUUCAUGCUUCUCCCAUUUCUAACGACAAUUAUUUUGAUUCCGUCGGUAUUUGGAGCACCAACUUCAUUAUUGCUCGCAUUCGCCAUGUCCGCUUCAAGAAAUGCGGUCAGCACCGGAUACUGUAUGGUGAUGGGCAUUAUUCAAACAUUAUUCAUAUUUUUCGUCUCUUUGACUCGACUUCAUGCGACGCUUUAA